UCACGCUCACGCGAGGUCAAAGGGAUUAUGUGAGUUUGCGGCUGGUUUUAUUUUUAUUUUAGGAUGACAAAUAAAACAAAGUCAAAGUUUUGGAAGAGCCUGACACCCCCCUCGCCUCCUCGAGGAGUCUCCGCACAAAGAGCCCGGAGAGGGCAGCAGAAGCCGGGCGUCCUCUCAUCAUGGACUCGGACGUCUGCCCCGCCGACCCGCCGGCCUCGUGUUCUGCUCCUGUUGACGAGGCCUUGAAGCUCGAGAUGAUCCGACGCCACGCCGUGGCAGCUCCACGAGGGCCAGAGGUGGAGGACUCCUUCAACCUGAUGGAGCCUCCUCCGUUAGACUGGAGGUCCGACUCCUCCAGCGAGGCGGGCGACCUGGACCACACCGGCUGCCCUCCUCUGGCCUCUCCUCCUCUGGCCUCUCCUCCUCUGGCCUCUCCUCCUCUGGCCUCUCCUCCUCUGGCCUCUCCUCCUCUGGCCUCUCCUCCUCUGGCCUCACCUCCUCUGGCCUCUCCUCCUCUGGCCUCUCCUCCUCUGGCCUCACCUCCUCUGGCCUCUCCUCCUCUGGCCUCUCCGCCUCUGGCGUCUCCUCCUCUGGCCUCUCCUCCUCUGGCGUCUCCUCCGGACGUGGACCAGCGGGAGCUCGUGAGAAACGUCUCGGUCCAGGAUGUUGAGGAGGACCUGGAGGAGGCAGGUGAGGAGCAGCUGAGGGUGGAGGACUUGGCGGUUGUUGGGGAUGAUCUCAGUGAUGUGGAGAACACCGUCGGGGAGCAGGAGGUGGAGGUCGCUCCCAGAAGGUCAGGGGAUGAGGACCACAGCCGCAUCCACACCUUGCUUAGCCAGCUCCACCUGAUGGGGGAGGAGCCUCGUCACCCGGGCCAGCACCGGCUGUCAGAGCGUGAAGCGUGCGCCGCCGCCCGCCUCUCACCGGACCCCUCCGAGACCACCGGGCUGCUGUUCUCUGAAGGCCACCACCGAGACCUGCUGGGCCUGCUGCAGUUCGGCGAGCCGGGCGGCGCCGCUCAGAGCGCCGCCCGGCCGCCCCUCAGAGGGGACAUGGACGCCGUGGUGUCGGUGUCCUACAGCCAGGAGGACGCUCGACGGUUCUGGGGGCGCCGUGGGAACGGCCAGCGGCAGCGGGAGGACUCGCUCUCCUCCUUACCCGACGAGGAGUACCCUGAGCCCGUGUGGAUGAAGCUGGGGGAGGAGCCUCCAGAGGAAGAGGAGGAGGAGGCAGCGGAGGGCAAGCAGAGUGCCGAUCAGCCCUCGUAUAAAGACGUGCCCGGCCCCUGUGAUCCUGAGGAUCUGCUGGACGGAGUGAUCUUUGGGGCCAAGUACCUGGGCUCCACUCAGAUAAAGUCGGAGAAGAAGCCGUCCACCAACGCCCGGAUGACGCAGGCGCAGGAGGCCGUGGACCGCAUCAAGGCUCCGGAGGGCGAGUCCCAGCCCAUGACGGAGGUGGAUCUGUUCAUCUCCACCCAACGCAUCAAAGUCCUGACGGCCGACACGCAGGAAGCCAUGAUGGACCACGCGCUGCAGAUGAUCUCCUACAUCGCAGACAUCGGGAACAUCGUGGUGCUGAUGGCACGGAGGAAGCGUAAAGGCCAGGACGCUGACUCCGCCCCCAACUCCUCCUCCGCCGCCGGUCAGAAGAAGUGCCUAAUGGUCUGCCACGUCUUCUCCUCCUCCGACGCCCAGGUCGUAGCCCAGGCCAUCGGCCAGGCCUUCGGCGUGGCCUACCAGCAGUUCCUUCAGGCCAGCGGCAUCAAGGCCAGCGACCUGCGGCCCAGAGAGUACAGCGACUACCUGGAGAGUCAGGAGCUCUACAACGGAGACCUGGCCCACUUCUCCGACUCGCAGAACAUCAGAGACGUCGCCAUCACCAAGGCGUCGGGGGAGAUCUUGGGCCUGGCCGUGGUGGAGUCGGGGUGGGGCUCCAUCCUGCCCACCGUGGUGGUGGCCAACCUGCUCCACGGAGGCCCAGCGGAGCGCUGCGCAGAGCUCAGCAUCGGGGACCGCAUCAUGUCUGUGAACGGCACCAGCCUGGUGGGUCUGCCCAUCACCACGUGCCAGAACAUCAUCCGGGACCUGAGAAGCCAAAAGUACGUGAAGCUCAGCAUCGUGCACUGCCCGCCGGUUACCAUGGCGAUCAUCAGGAGGCCGGAUCCCAAGUUCCAGCUGGGCUUCAGCGUGGAGGACGGCAUCAUCUGCAGCCUGAUGCGCGGCGGCAUCGCCGAGCGAGGAGGCAUCCGCGUCGGCCACCGCAUCAUCGAAAUCAACACGCAGAGCGUCGUCGCCACGCCGCACGACAAGAUCAUCCAGAUCCUCACCAACGCCGUCGGGGAGAUCCACUUGAAGACCAUGCCAGCCUCAACGUAUCGACUCCUCACGGGGCAGGAGCAGCCCGUGUUCCUCUGAGCUCUUCCUGGUCAAGCAACACAAACUUUUGCCAAACUCAGAAGAUAUUAUGCAAAUCCUCAAACGGCACAUGAGCUGCUGUUGUCACGCCACUCGACACAACAGACUGGUCUGGUAUUUGUAAGAUGUAAAGUGCAUUGUUAUAUUGUAAAGCAUAUUUUCAAGAGAUGGACGGUAGCUUUCUGCUCAUAUUUAACGAUGCAGAUGAAAUGCAAUAAUUCAUAAGCAGAAUAUAUUUUGACGUCACUAACUUUGUACCUGUUGAGUGCUGUGCUCUCCAGUUGUCUGCAGACUGCUGUGCUGCCAGUGUGCCUGAGCUCAGUGUGCUUUGGGAAUUGUUCUAGAAUAAGAACAAGUGUUUUUCAUCAUGAUAUACUUCUACACAUGUGUAUCAAUACAUUAGAGCGCUCUGGUUCGUUUUUACAAUGCUUCCCUGAAUGUGCCUGAUAUGAGGCCGAUAUGCACAAUAACAGGUAAACUGCCUUAACUUUGCAUACUUUUAGAAAUUUGCUGGUUUGGAUGUUUAUUAAAAUGAUAUGUAAGAUAUCUUGAUGUUAUUUAUUGAGAUUCAGUUACAAAGUUGCUUUUUCUAUGUUAAUACCUUUAUACAUCCGAGUUGGAGCUACUGUACAAUUUAAUAUGUUGUCUUUGCAAUAUAUGUAAUUGAAAAAUAUAUCAAAAUUGAUAAUAGCACAGUUCUUCGAAACAAUUGCAACUUAAUAUAUCUCCUGCUCUUUUACAAGUAUACAAUGUAAUCGUAUGCUGCUUGUGCUAAUAAAGUAAUGUAUUUUA